CGGGCCGCACUGGGCAUGCUCAGCGCCGGCCGGCUCCGCGGCUGGAGGUGGGAAGCGCCGCACUCGGGUCGCCCGAGGCGCAGUCCGCAUCGCUGCGAGGCGCCGGAGAAGAAGGAGGAGGAGGAGAAGACUCCCCGGACCCGCGCUGCCGGGCGUCGGGCGCAGAGCGCGGCGCGGCGGCCGCUCUCGGGCUGGCCAUGGCGAGGGGGGCACGGCGACCACCUGAGUGGCGCAGCGGUGUCAGAUUCUUAAUCAAGUAACAACUCCGUGGAUCGAGGACAGGUUUGUCCCAUGGCCUGCUCUGAAUGGUGUGUUAUCGGAUAGAAGAUUCCAUUGGCAAACCAGCUGUUGCCUUACAGAGCAAGCAAAGAAGAUGGAUCUGUUGAAGAGCCAUCUGACCUCGUGCUUUCUACCUUCUGUGCCCUUUUUAAUCUUAGUGUCCACUCUAGCAAGUGCUAAGAGUGUGGCUAACAGCACUUUAAACGGCACUGAUGUGGUGUUGGGCUCUGUGCCUAUAAUCAUUGCCAGAACUGACCAUAUCAUAAUCAAGGAAGGGAACAGUGCUUUGAUUAAUUGUAGUGUCUAUGGCAUCCCAGACCCGCAGUUUAAGUGGUAUAAUUCUGUUGGCAAACUGCUGAAAGAAGAGGAGGAUGAGAAGGAGAGAGGAGAAGGAAAAUGGCAGAUGCUCGAUGGCGGUCUCUUGAACAUCACCAAGGUGUCCUUCUCAGACCGAGGUAAAUACACAUGUGUGGCCUCUAACAUCUACGGCGCUGUGAACAACACAGUGACCCUGAGAGUCAUCUUUACCUCUGGAGACAUGGGCGUCUACUACAUGGUUGUCUGCCUCGUGGCCUUCACCAUUGUCAUGGUCCUCAACAUCACCCGCUUGUGUAUGAUGAGCAGCCACCUGAAGAAGACUGAGAAAGCCAUCAAUGAGUUCUUUAGGACAGAAGGGGCAGAGAAGCUGCAGAAGGCCUUUGAGAUUGCCAAGAGGAUCCCCAUCAUCACCUCAGCCAAAACUUUAGAGCUUGCCAAAGUCACCCAGUUCAAAACCAUGGAAUUUGCCCGCUACAUUGAAGAGCUUGCCAGAAGUGUUCCUCUGCCUCCCCUCAUCAUGAACUGCAGGACCAUCAUGGAGGAAAUCAUGGAAGUCGUUGGACUGGAGGAGCAGGGCCAGAAUUUUGUAAGGCACACCCCAGAAGGCCAGGAGGCUGCAGACAGGGACGAGGUGUACACAAUCCCCAACUCUCUGAAGCGAAGUGACUCUCCCACCGCUGACUCGGACGCCUCAUCACUGCACGAACAGCCUCAGCAAAUGGCCAUUAAGGUGUCUGUUCACCCCCAGUCCAAAAAAGACCACAUGGAUGACCAAGAGGGUGUACAGUUUGAAGUCAAAGAUGAAGAGGAGACAGAACCAUCAGCUGGACAUUCCCCAGAAACUGCAGAGCCUUCUACAGACAUAACAUCCACGGAGCUAACCUCUGAGGAGCCCUCACCUGUGGAGGUAUCAGAUCGAGGACUGCCACCAACUCACGUGGAAAUGACAGAGCCAGCAGUGACAUGUGACAAAAACACCUGCAUUAUUUAUGAAAGCCAUGUCUAAUACUCACUCCGAAAAGCUAUGCAUAUCAAGAAAACCAGGGGCUGCUCCUUGUAAUACAGAUGUAGUACGCACUUGCCGCUAAGCCUUACCAGGAGUCUCAUCCCUUAGGAGUGAUGCCGCAUUAAAGGAGAGACACCUGCGUGCAGUGGAGUGACUGGCCUCUCCCCAGGAGAAAAGGAUACAGGAAACAUCGGGGUGCAGAAGUGAUACUGGACAGAAGGUGUCUGUCCUUGUGACAUGAAUUGUAGAGGCCAUUUUCUGCCAAAUCCCUUAAUUGAUGAUGCCCUUUUGGCAAAGAGUACACUACUGUAAGAUAUUCAAGAGCCCUGUCUGAUGCAUACUGCAUUGCUUUUCCUUUUAAAAAAUAUAGUCUGCUACAAUAGCAAAUGCACGUAUAUGGGUUUGUUGCACUUUCUUCUUAGUUAUAAUUACUUUCACUGUUCCUUUAUAAUGGAGUAAUUAUUAUAUUAACACUAAUUUACUCCUUCAGGUUGAGUCCUCUUUGCCACUUUUAUCCUUAUUUUUCCCUAGAAUGUUUACCUCAGAGGCUUUGGUAUCAGUCACCAGUUCCAGGGCUGAUAGCUACAAGUCAUUUGUAAUGCUCCAAAGUAGUCACUAUGCUCAUUUUUUUCUUCAUUUCCCAGGCCUGUUUUCAUACACUGCUUUUUUUUUUUUUUUAAAUUUCCAGUGAAGCUGCUGUCUUGAAAGUGAGAAAAACUUUGCCCUGGAAUAGCACUUUAAUAGUCAAAUAAAAAUGUGUUUAUCUGUCCAAUUCUGAGAGCCUUUCAGUGAGCUCAACCGAAGCGUAGGGAGAGAUUGUAAAAAGCUAAAUGUACCACACUAUUCAUGAAAACUGCUGUUUACAUUUAAGUAACAUUGUCCUCUCAACAAAGACUGAUUCUUUACCUGGAAAAUGUAUUGUUUCCAAAGACAGGCAUUUGAUGAUUCCUACAGGUUGUAGAAUAUUGGCUUCCCACAAGCACUUACAGGAGCCAUCUGCUGCCAGUCAACCGCAUACUUGCUAUAAGGCAGCACAUAGAAGGAUCUGUAAAAUGCAUAACCAUGUCCAGUUUUGUAACCCACAUAGCUGACUUGUUAGCUUUUGAAAUAGAGUAAAAGGUUAGGGUAAUGGCAUAGAGAACUGUGCCAUCAAGUUUUAUGCCAAAAUUACUGAAUUACAGUGGACCCUUGGCUUACAAACUCGAUCAGUUCCAGAGGGCUGGUUGUAAGUCAAGUUGGUUGUAAGUCAAUACAGUUGAGAUCUGGAUGUUUACCUGGGUACAUGCUGUAGAUAACAAGAGGCAAAGGAAUCUUCCAUUAACCUAAUUAACCAAGUUGUUCAUAUGUCAGGCUGCUCAUAACUUGAGGGUUCACUGAAUUUAGUCCCACAAAAGUUGCAGUACAGGCAAGGCAGCAUGAUGUUAUGGGAAGAAGGCAAAACUAAAACCAGUCAUCCAGAGGUUUAAUAUGCACCUAUCUGUGCCAGUCAGCAGUUGCCUGGCUUUGGGCAAGUCUAGGCCUCAGUUCCUAUCUGUAAGAGGGGCUGACUGAUGAGUGCUGAGCACCAGCUCUUUCUCAGAGAACCAAGCCUGUAUUAAUAUCUUUGCUCUUUUCAAAAAUCACUUUACAGAUUCUUGCUUUCAUCUAUUGGUUUCCCAAAUAUUCAUAUGCUGCAUUACUUACUCAAGGGACAGUUUUGAAAAAUCAUAGCAUUUUAAACAAAAUGUGGAACUUCUUCUCUUUCCAAAAAAUGAUUAGGAUGAUCUCUACAAUUGGGAGUUAAUCUUGGUGAGAAUGAGUGGUGAUGUUUCAUUUUCACUUACAAGCAAGGGAGACAGUGACCUUAAAGUAGUUAGCAGAGUUGUGACCACAUCAAAUGUGGUAAGCCUGAUUGAGUUGUCAUGUCAGAACUUACACAGCCCACAUUGGUAAUGAGAGAGUGGACCCAGAUGUUCACUCCCCCUCUUGUCUCCAUCUGGGAAAGUGACCUUGCACAACUGGGGCUUAAUCUCUUUCAUCUAUUAAAAUAUGCAAGCAGUGCUUAGUGGUCCAUAAGAGCCAUUCAGGCUCAGACGUUUCUGUUUUAUGGAAAGUUUGCAGUCUGUGAGAGCCCCUGUUGCACAAGACAAGCAAAAUUGGGAGCAAAACAAAAUGUGUAUGUGAUGCUGGAUGCUUUUGUGAUCCAAACUUUACCGCAAAGAUAUCUGGCUCUGUCACUGAGGGGAGUGGGACUGGCUUUAGAAGUGACCUUGAUGGACUUAUAUUUGACAAAUCUGACGUUGGACUUUGAUCACACAUCCUUUUAAAAGGAAUGAACUGUUGGUAUCCAGUUAGAAGUAUCUAGGAGGGGCACCGUAAGCAGCCACAAGAAAAACAUAACUUCUGCUUGGGCUCUCUGGACUAGGGUUUUAUGUAUGUAGGCUGCAAAAAGUUCUAUUUCCAACUCUUAGAAUAUAAAAAAUUUCCAGUCAUUGUAGAGGUUAACAAAUUCAUACCUUUGCAUUGUUUGUGCAGAGUAACAACAGGGACUUACAAAGCUUGUUUUGUGAUAUGAUAUGAACUUUUCUCCAUUCUAUUCAGUUCUCAUCCCACCCAAGCCCAUGUGCAGAUUUUCACAUGGAGACUACAGAAGGCAUCCAUUCCAUGUAGAUACUGACCAGGGAUAAUAUUGACUGGGCAGAUUUUAUAUAAAGCAAGAGCUAAAAUAUGCAACCAAAGAAUGUUUCCAGGCUGGCUUUACUUCUUUAGACAGAGAUUGUAUAGAUUUUUUAAACUCUCCCUCUUUAAGGCAUCAAAAUGGUCUUAAUAUUACAAUAGCCAGUCUAUAAAAGGAACUUGGCUUGUACUGGGAAUUUUUCCUUCUAGAAAUUCUUCCUAUCCAUCCUGCAGCUUCUUUAUAAAAUGAGAGAGCCCCUUCUUCUAGAAUGUGAAAUGUAGAAGACCUCAUGAUUUUCAGCCAAUUUUUCAAAAAUAAAAUGAACUGUUCAGCCUCUUAAAAAUUCAUAGGACCGUGGCUCUGUGUGUGUGAGCAUGAAUUUGUGAACAUUGGACUCAAUUUGGGCAGUUUUUAAAAUUUGACACUGAAUCCCAAGCCAUGUCCUUUGUGUCUUAUGUAGUCAUUCUUAAAAUUAAAUAAUUUCUGCUUCCUGAGUCAUCCUGGUCAUAUUGCUAGCAUUUUUUUUCUUGAAAUUAUUAAAAUGAUUCACACGUGUGCAUAUUUAAUUCACUACAUUAUUAUAAUCUUGGAUGGUAUUUAUUCUAAAUAUGGGAUUAAACAGAAUUUUAUAUGGAAAAUCUAUGUAAUUUAUAAUGGUUUUGUUUUAUAAAUUAUAUUUUCAUAUCUUUGGAACACAUCUGCUAUUCUCAUCUUUUUCUACAUCAUACUGGAUAAAAAAUACUAAUACUUGACUAAAAUCUUUAGGAACAAAAUGUAAUAUAUGUGAUGUAUGACAUAUAAAAACUGCUCUAAAAUUACCUGAAUGUUCUCAGCCAUCCUAAGCAUUACUUUGCCAUGUCAUUACAUCCAGAAUACCUUGGACGCUUAUGAGCAUUUCUGUUUCCACAAUUAAGGCUAAAAGGCCUGACAUCCCACACAAUGUAUUCAAGAAUCCAUUUCCCUUCUUUAUCUUUUUUUGUUUCAUUUUUAAUUGUACAAGUCUAUGCUGUCUAAACUUCCUUUUGAAGGGCAAUGUAAAAUAACGAGCAACUUGAUGAAAAGAGAGAAGUAAUUUAACUGUGGCUAUGUAAAUCAUUUUAACAGACUGAUAACAUGUUUUAAAUGUGCUUGGGUUGUUAUUCACUGUUGAUCUAGGAUCUGCUCAGCUCUAACAUAUGAAGAAAAUGUAAGGCACACAGAAUAUUUGUAUGUUUUUGAAGAAACACACUCUGCACAGUGUGGCCAAUGUAGAUCAGCUUGACUAUGUAAACACCAGUCCUAGCCACUAAAGAAGUAUUUUAGAAAGGCUAAUCAGUUUCCUUUCAUCAUGCCGUUUGAGUACAUGUUGUAUCAGUGCUAGAACUCUUAAACAGGAGUAACUGGUUCUGUUAACUAGGAAUUUCCUUCAAGUGUUUUCCUUUGGUAAGAAAUGAAGCAUUAACUUAUGUUUCACAUACUUCAUUUUCCACACAAUUCAACUAUUUUCCUUUACUUAUCUUCCCACAGUCUUUGUGCAGUUUUCUAAAGUAAUUCCUGUUUCCAUUCUUUAAGCUAAUUUACUGGUAUUCUUUAAUUAUCUACCAAACCUCGGUUGUAUUCACACAUACAUUUUUAGUACCUAUAAUCUUCAAGAUAUUGAUCAAUUUUACAUUCAUUAAAAUACCCUUCAAGUAGAUAACAAAGUUCAUUUUCCUAAUGACUUUUGUAUAGUUUCUUCAGUGGUUAACAGGUUUGGAUUAAACAAGUCAAUUGUGGAGAAAAUAAUCAAAUAGAUCAGAAUUGCUUAUUCUAUUUUCCAAAGGACUGUGUGUUUUUAUCUGUUAUACAGGGAAAUAUUAUGUAAGGAUAAUGCUCUUUAUGAGAUUUUUUUUAAGAGAUGGAAUUUAUAAAGGGGUUAUUACUAAGAAUACUACAAUCAAAAUCAAAGCUAGAGAAUGUAAAAAUAGAAAGUAAUUCUAAGAAUAUUCUGCAUAAAUUAUUUUUAUUUAACCAAUAAUAAAAAUCUCCAGAUGUAUCUUUCUGACAUCAUAGACCCGCUAACAGUGAGUUAGGAUCAAAGAUGUAUGUACUUAUGUUUGGCCUGCUGUAUUUCAGUAGUUCUGAAUGUCCUUUGUUAAAUUGCAAAAGAUGAAAAUGUAUCUGGACUGAAAUGUCAAUCUGCUGAUUUUGUGAACUAUAAAAUGUUCACUUUCUAAAAAUAAAGAUGUAAACGAAUGACUAAUAUAUAAGUUGAUAUUACUGUAGCAAAACAAAACAUGUGAUCCAUCCUGUAUUUUGACUGUUGCUUUAAUAAAGGGUUUGCACAAGUA